CACGUGACCGGGAAAAACCCGGAAGUGUCCUAGCGGCCAGAUCACGGUUUCCUUGGCUACGCAAGAGAAAGGGGGAAAAAGAGCAAGAGCGAAGGGCUGGUCCUUUCUUAUGUCUCGGCGGUAGCGUUGAAGGGAUGGAACAGAGCCGGGCCUAGCAGGGCAGCUGCCGCCGCCAUGAGCGGAGUAGCCGUUGGCAGUGACGGAAGGAGCGGCGAAUUCCCACCAGGCCGCUGGGCUGGCUGGAAACUGCUGGCCUUGGGUCUCCUCUCUGCUUCUUCUGUGCUGGCGGCAGCCCCCACCGUGCAGGCAAUGGGCAGGGAGGAGAAGCGUCGCCUCGGGAAUCAAGUCGUGGAAAUGUUUGAUCAUGCCUAUAGUAAUUACAUGGAACAUGCGUACCCAGCUGAUGAGCUCAUGCCUUUAACUUGUCGUGGAAGAGUUCGAGGUCAAGAACCAAGUCGUGGAGAUGUGGAUGAUGCCUUGGGAAAGUUUUCACUGACACUAAUUGAUACUUUGGACACUCUUGUGGUGUUAAAUAAAACCAAAGAGUUUGAAGAUGCUGUUAAAAAAGUGAUCAGAGAUGUUAAUUUAGACAACGACAUUGUAGUAUCAGUGUUUGAAACUAACAUAAGAGUCCUUGGAGGUCUCUUAGGUGGGCACUCAGUAGCAAUCAUGCUGAAAGAGAAAGGUGAAGAUAUGCAGUGGUACAAUGGAGAACUUCUGCACAUGGCAAAACAGUUGGGCUACAAGCUUUUGCCAGCUUUUAACACCACCAGUGGUCUCCCAUAUCCAAGAGUUAACUUAAAAUUUGGUGUAAGGGGUCCAGAAGCCCGAACAGGAACAGAGACCGACACUUGUACAGCUUGUGCAGGUACCUUGAUCUUGGAGUUUGCUGCUCUGAGCCGCUUCACAGGAGCAUCAAUAUUUGAGGAAUAUGCACGGAAGGCCCUUGAUUUUCUUUGGGAGAAGAGGCAACGCAGCAGCAAUUUAGUGGGGGUCACUAUUAAUAUUCAUACAGGUGACUGGGUCCGUAAAGAUAGUGGAGUUGGAGCAGGAAUAGAUUCUUAUUAUGAAUAUUUAUUAAAGGCUUAUGUUUUGCUUGGAGAUGACAGUUUUCUGGAAAGAUUUAACACGCAUUAUGAUGCCAUAAUGAGAUACAUUAGCCAGCCACCUCUCCUACUUGAUGUGCACAUACACAAACCAAUGCUCAAUGCCCGGACCUGGAUGGACUCUUUACUUGCGUUUUUUCCGGGUUUACAGGUGUUAAAAGGUGAUAUUAGACCAGCUAUAGAAACUCAUGAAAUGCUGUAUCAAGUGAUAAAAAAACAUAACUUCCUUCCAGAGGCCUUCACAACAGAUUUCCGUGUUCAUUGGGCUCAGCAUCCUUUACGGCCAGAAUUUGCAGAGAGUACUUAUUUCUUGUAUAAAGCUACUGGAGAUCCUUACUACCUUGAAGUAGGAAAAACACUGAUUGAGAACUUAAAUAAAUAUGCACGUGUACCUUGUGGAUUUGCUGCUAUGAAGGAUGUACGUACUGGAAGCCAUGAAGACAGGAUGGAUUCUUUCUUUCUGGCUGAAAUGUUUAAAUAUUUAUAUCUGCUCUUCACUGAUAAGGAAGACCUGACUUUUGAUAUAGAAGACUAUAUCUUUACUACAGAAGCUCAUCUGCUACCUCUCUGGCUGUCUACCACAAACCAAACAGCCCCUAGGAAAAAUAUUACUACAGAAUACAUAGAGCUGGAUGAUAGUAACUUUGACUGGACAUGCCCCAAUACUCAGAUCCUCUUUCCUAAUGACCCUAUGUAUGCUCAGAGUAUCAGAGAACCUCUGAAAAAUGUGGUGGACAAGAGUUGUCCUAGGAGUAUUUCCAGAGUAGAAGAAAGUUUGGGUACUGGACCAAAGCCCCCACUGAGAGCCAGGGAUUUCAUGGCCAGUAAUCCUGAGCAUUUAGAGAUCCUAAAGAAGAUGGGAGUCAGCUUGAUUCAUCUCAAAGAUGGAAGAGUCCAGUUGGUACAACAUGCUAUCCAAGCAGCAAGUUCACUUGAUGCUGAAGAUGGUUUACGGUUCAUGCAAGAAAUGAUUGAGCUAUCCAGUCAACAACAAAAAGAGCAGCAGCUACCUCCUCGUGCUGUUCAAAUAGUUUCCCACCCAUUCUUCGGCAGAGUGGUUUUGACAGCUGGGCCUGCUCAAUUUGGAAUGGAUCUCUCCAAACACAAAUCAGGGGCAAGAGGAUUUGUUGUAGUCAGUAAACCAUAUAAUGGCUGCUCUGAGAUCACUAAUCCAGAGGCACUGAAGGAGAAAAUUGCUUUGAUGCAAAGAGGGCAGUGCAUGUUUGCUGAAAAGGCACGGAAUAUCCAGAAAGCUGGGGCCAUAGGAGGCAUCGUUAUUGAUGACAAUGAAGGCAGCAGUAGCGACACAGCCCCUCUCUUCCAGAUGGCAGGGGACGGCAAGAAUACAGAUGACAUCACUCUACCCAUGCUGUUCCUGUUCAGCAAGGAAGGCAGUAUUAUUCUUGAUGCCAUCCAGGAAUAUGAAGCUGUAGAAGUGCUGCUAUCUGAUAAAGCAAAAGACAGAGAUUUGGAGAUGGAAAGCAUGGAUCAAAAGUCAUCUGAAAAUGAUUCACAUAACCAGAGAUCAGAAGAGAUCUCAGCAGAUUUGAACUUGGUCAGUCAAGAGCCAGAACGAGAAGGUGGCUUGGAUUCUUCUGCAGAGUCAGGCAGCAAUAGCAUUUCUCUUACAGACCAAGAUUCCUGUUUGCUCAGUCUCCAGGAAACUAGUAGCAGUCAAGCAUCAGAACUGGAAAAUCACCUUGAGGAACAAUCAAAGGCUGAAACUGACUCGAGUCCAUCUAACAGCUGGGAUAAUAAAGGCCAGUCGAUGGAAUCAAUAUUAGCUGAUUGGAAUGAAGACAUAGAAGCAUUUGAAAUGAUGGAAAAGGAUGAACUAUAACUUCUAAUAACGUGCUUGUGAGAUGACAAAAUAGUGAACUUUAUGGAGGAUGGUAAGGCCCUGAUACCUGAAAAUUAAAAAGAAUUGUUCAGUAUUGUGAUGAGCAGCCAGGUUUUAUCGGCAAAAGCCAGCAUGUGUUAAAAUUUGUAUUGUUUUUGUUUUCCUUGUUUUUGAAAAUGGGAAUGUGCAAUUGACCCAUUUGCAGGGUUCCUUUGCAUGGUGCUGUAACACAGGAGGUUCAUUCAGGGAAUGGCUUGGAUUCCUCCUAUGUUCCAGCUUGCCAUGAGUAAGCUUGUCUUAGCCUUGGGUGGCAAAGAAUGAAUGCAGUGGGAUUAAUGUACCACUGAGUCUGGAUGGCUAGUUGGGGCAUGACAUCUUGGCACAUGAAGGCCACAGGCUGGCUGUUGGGAUGAUGCUGUUUCAAGGGUCAAUACUGUAUCUCAAAAGCCUUUUGCAGAGACAUGGUAGAAGGUGCUUCAGGCUGUUGUGCCUUUAUAACUAGGGCAGAACAACAGGCAGCUGUGAUUUGUCCUGUGUCACUUAAUAUAGUAAGUGUGCUGUACCUCCUUAUCACUUCUUCCAUUUAUUAUUUGAAGAAUGACCAAGAUAACUUGGAUUUUUUUUAAGUUCAUAGUCAAGAAAGUCUAUAAACCAAAGGCAAUGUGCUCCAUUAGCAAAAAUAAAAAAUAAAAAAAACAAAUUCACAGUUAAUUUUGAAACUUGAAUCUGGGUAAUGGGGCAUGGUCUUUUCUCUACACUCCCAUUACUUUGAUUUUGAACCUUCCACAUUAAAUGGUGAGCUAAAAAUAAGCCAAAACUAGCAUCCUUGCUGGGGGUUUUUUUCUGAAAAAGGUACUAAAUCAGACUUUAUUUCAUUUUGCAACUUUAAAUCAGCCUUACAUCAAUACCAUCUUUAUUUCUGUAUACAACUUAAAUGUAGUUGCUGUUUUUCCUUUAGGCAAAAAGGCCAGUAUGUCCAUAGUCUAGUAUGAAGUCAAGGAAAGACUGGUAUCAUGUAUAGAUUUUUUUCAAAAAAAAUUGUAGUAAAAAUCCUAGUGUGCUUGAGAGCAAUCAUGUUUCACAAAUGUCUUAAAAUGAGCAUUUUUUACAAACCCAAAUGUAGUUAAAAGGCAAAUAAGAAUACCGUUGCACCUACACAAGAUUGCCAGGCAUUGUUUAUAUAUCCAGUCUUCAUUACUUCCAUUUUUAUUGCUUUCAUUUCUGAUUAUCUUUUCUGUAGAAAACUGAUUUGACACAGCACAGUGUGUGCUGUGUCCUGUUCUGCCGCUUUGUGGAUAAAUGUUUUUUUAAAUGGAGAACUAGGAAAAUGCCUGUUCUGAUGCUGUGCAGUGUGUGGGGAAGGGAAGGCUUAUAUGUUGCAAGGACACCUAAUUCCACCACAGGUUCCUUGUCAAUGAAGGCCAGACCAUUCAUUGUUGGAGUGGAAGGCAGGUUUUUGGAGGGCACCAGCAGCAUUUCCUAAGGCAGCACUUUCCUUUCUCCAUAGAAGUAAAUAGUAACCGUUGGGUUUUUUAUGUGGGAAAAAGUAAACGUGUGUAUAUGGGGCACCACUGGUAUAUGGGCUAAGCCUACUCUCUGCUUUGUACCCAGUGAACCCAGCUGCUGUGGUGUGGGGCAGGUAUGCCUUUCUCUCCCAUUUCAGACUGUGUCACAUAGUGUGGUGCAAAUUGUUAGAAAUUGGCUGGAUAUCAGUUAUGUAUGACCAUUUGAAGUCUAAAGUGAGGAAGGAUCCUUGUUCAAAAAGGUACAAAGUGAAUCUUUCUAAAAGUAUGCUAGCCAGGUGGAAACCAGGGUGGAAAAUUUUAGCAGACUAAUGAAUAAAGUGUCCUUUCACUCUUUUCAAAUAUUUUCAUUUAUUUGCACAUAUGUUAGACUUGGGAGGUCUUCAGCAUUUUUGUGAAGUACCCAGAGUUUAAUUAUGUUUAGACUUGAGGCUUGAUUUUUAGUGGGUGGGAUAUUCCUUCAGGGAAUUUGAAUAGAGGUGUCUCUAAAGUGUCCUUUAGUAACUUAGGCCCAGAUUUAGUGGAGAGUGUGUUUUUGGCCAUGCCCAUAAAACAUCUCUAUCAGUUUGGGGCCAAAUGCACUAAAUUUUAAGUUCGACCUGUAAAAAGCGAAUGGGUUGUUCUGCAUGGCUGAGUUACUAGUGCCAUUAGUAAAAACUCCUUAAUAUUAACUCUGAUCUAGGCUAACUUACCCCAUCGAACUGCGGUUUUUGUUAGACCUUCAGUAGAAAAAAUUCAUUUGGUGUUCCUUAUAAAGUGAUUCUCUAGUCAUAUUUUUACAAAGCAUUUUAGACAGAAUACCUGUUUCUUACAGCAGCCACUACAUCUUCAUUACUUUCUACAAAUAAUUUAUUGAGUAUGCUACUUACUUGUACAUAGUCCAUAAUGUGGGUUUUAAGUUGGUGUCUGACGUCUAAUAUCUGCAAAUGGUUUGAAUUUUCCUCAUUAAUUCAGGGAUUAUUGAAAGAUUCCUUUGCCGUUAGAAAGGAGCAUCUGGAAGGUGGUAAAGUCUACCUCAGAUUUAGGUUGACUUUUUUUAUAUUUUAAUUUUUCUUCAUUGCCAUAAGCCUGUUUGACAAUAACAAGAGGUUUACAUGUUUUCAACGAAAUUUGGAAACUGUUUUUGGAGUGGUCACCUAAUUAUGAGUUAAUAUCUUCAUAUCACAACAAGCCCUUUUUGGACAAGCAUUCCUGUAUGUGGUUAAGAGGUGGCCCUUGAGAAAAUAACAUGAGCUGGCACAAUAACAGGGUUCAUUUCUAAUCAGGAUCUUCCUAAACCUGCUGUCUUAUACUUCUUUCAGUGUGGUUAUUUAUAGCAGGUUCAUAGAGAUUCCAGAGAAGAUACUACCCUACAGUUAGGACAACAGAGGAAACAUUCUAUGAAUGCAUACCGUACAUCCAGAUUUUGUAAGACUUUUUACCAGCCCAAUUUACAGCCAUAUAUUUUCGUAUGAUGUAAUUUAUGAAAAGUCUAAUAAGGGGUGCUGUAACACUACUGUUGUUGGGUUUUACUGUCUGGUGAUUUUAAGCGUGUACAAUAUUCUUAAGGGCAACUAUGUACUGUGAUGUAAAAGUCUGAGCUCAAAGUGUACAUAAUCCUUGUAUAUAAAAAUGUGUACUUGAUUAUAAUUGCAGAUUGUAAAAAUUUAAUAAAAUAUGUAAAUAU